GUUCACAGUCUUUCGGAUAACCAUAAUGUGGUUGCUGUGGAUCGUAACCUGGAUAUGGAAGCUGAGGUUUGUAACCUGGAAGUGGAGGCUGUGGCUCGUAACCUGGAUGUGGAGGCUGUGGUUCGUGGCCAGGAUGUGGAGACUGUGAUUCGUAACCUGGAUGUGGAGGCUGUUGUUCGUGGCCAGGAUGUGGAGGCUGUGGCUCAUAACCUGGAUGUGGAAGCUGUGGCUCGUAACCAGGAUGUGGAGGCUGUGGCUCGUAACCUGGAUAAGGAGGCUGUGGCUCGUAACCAGGAUGUGGAGGUUGUGGCUCGUAACCAGAAUGUGGAGGCUGAGGUUCGUAUCCAAGAUGUGGAGGCUGAGGUUCGUAACCAGGAUGUGGAGGCUGUGGCUCGUAACCAGGAUGUGGAGGCUGAGGUUCGUAACCAGAAUGUGGAGGCUGAGGUUCGUAAUCAGGAUGUGGAGGCUGAGGUUUGUAACCAGGAUGUGGAGGCUGUGGCUCGUAACCUGGAUAAGGAUGCCAAGGUUCGUAAUCAGGAUGUGGUUGCUGUGGCUCGUAACCAGGAUGUGGAGGCUGUGGCUCGUAACCAGAAUGUGGUGGCUGAGGUUUGUAACCUGGAAGUGGAGGCUGUGGCUCGUAACCUGGAUAAGGAGGCUGAGGUUCGUAACCAGGAUGUGGAGGCUGAGGUUCGUAACCAGGAUGUGGAGGCUGUGGCUCGUAACCAGGAUGUGGAGGCUGAGGUUCGUAACCAGGAUGUGGAGGCUGAGGUUCGUAACCAGGAUGUGGAGGCUGUGGCUCGUAACCUGGAUAAGGAUGCCAAGGUUCGUAAUCAGGAUGUGGUUGCUGUGGCUCGUUAUCGGGAUGUGGCUCAUAUCCAGCAUGGGGUUCAUAACCUGGGUAUGGUGAUUGUGGUUUGUUACCAGGUUUAG